CUGAGCAACUGCAGUACCUCUACACCACUCUACACGUCAAAGUUUGGAUAACUUCGUCUAUGGUGUACACGUGCUUCGACUUUCUGGUUAAAACGAAGAUUGAAAUUAUUUUGCGAUACAAUAUAUUGUGCUGAUUAACUAAUUUUCCACAUAUUUUGAUAUUUGAAAUAAGGUAUCCAGCUAAUUCAUGGAAUUCAGAUAAUUCAAGGAGAGAAUUCAAGGCAGUCAGCAAAUCCAAAGCAUUCAGUUAAUUCAAGGCAUUCAUAGAAUUGGAAGAAUUCAACGAAUUCAAUGAUUUCAAGAAAUUCAGAGAAUUGAUGGUAUUCAGACAAUUCAAGGAAUUCAGAAAAUUCAAGGACUUCGGAGAAUUCAAGAUUUCAGAGAAUUUAAGGAAUACAGUGAAUUUGAGGGAUACAGAGCAUUCGAGGUAUUUAGCAAAUAGAAGCGUGCUCUUAUGGAACUGUUGUAUACCAGAUUACAAUUGGAGGACCUUCUGCAGCUGUAGAUAAAAAAUUUAUUAAAAUAAGAAGAUUCGGUACAAAGCUAUGUUUAAAUUUAGCUUUUCUGAAGAAAACUUAGAAGAAGGAAUAUCGAAGAGUACAAUAAACACCUGCAGUUAGAAGCAAAGGCUCCUUGUUCUCCACAUUGUUGUCAGGAUAUAGCCGGUCCUGGAAGCAUGAAUGGAAUUAUUGUUGCCUCUUUCUCCCUCUCGUACGAAGGAGUUACUGGUUGCUUACAAGAGCAGAAUAGAAGAGAUAAUGAUAGAGUGAAUUGGUUUCCAGCAUCAGAAGUAAAUAUACUUUCAGAACAAAUGACCAAAAAAUAUGAGUCUAACGAAUAUGAAGAGGAUAAAAGUUUUCAUAAUAUUUCGCUGAAGCUCAUAAAUUCAGAUAAAGUUGCUAUCGCUUUAACUGGAGAAAACUCUGAGGUCGUAACUGAAGCCGAAUCUCAAAAAUCAGAUCUUAUUGCUGGUAAAUACGAAGGUGGACUAAAAGUUUGGGAGAGUACCCGCGAUUUGGUAAGAUAUUUAUUGGAACAAAAAUAUUCCUUUGAAAAUAAAAAAGUCUUGGACUUAGGAUGCGGAGCUGGUGUAAUCGGUAUUUUGUGCCUGAUGAAAGGGUCCACAGUUCAUUUCCAAGAUUACAAUGUAGAGGUUAUUAGGUUCGUCACAAUACCGAAUGUGAUUUUAAAUUUGGGCAAAGCAGCACUUGCAGAGAAAAAAAACAGAUUUUAUUCAGGAGAUUGGAAAUCUUUUACUUCGCUAAUGUCGAACGAUGUUGAUGAUGCGAAAGAAAAAUAUGACUAUAUAUUCACCAGCGAGACCAUUUAUAAUCCAGAUAACCAUAAGAAGCUCUACAAUGUUUUCAAGCAAAGAUUAAAGUCCAAUGGUUUUGGAUUUGUGGCUGGAAAAGCAUACUACUUCGGGGUCGGAGGAAGUAUGAGGCAAUUUGAAGAACUUGUCAGAAAAGACGGAGUAUUCAAAGUGCAAGUGGUAUGGAGGAGUAAUGAGGGUUUACAAAGAGAUAUUCUGGCCUUAUCACGCUGUAAUAGUGAUUCAACAUGUCAUCAUAGUCCAGCACGUACAGGAAGUGACUAAAAUAUGUAGAGGAUCAUCCCGGGAAUUCGCUUUUGAAAUUACAAUUAUUCAUUCAGAUAAUUUUGAACCUUGGGAUGUGUAUAUAAAAUCGAAAUCUCUUCGUUA